AUGCCCAACCCCAACAAGCUCAAACAACAAUUUCUCAAGAAAUGGUUGGUAGGUCUACGAUCAACCACUUCUUCGUCAACCACAAACAUGAAUUUCCUAGACAGAAAGAAAGCCAUAAAGAUCUCCGCCGACUAUGCCAUGGCUGAAACGAGGAAAGGCACGACUAUUUGGAGUCAAUCUAUCAUCGCCAAAUCCCUUAAAGGUCAUGCUCCACCCAAGGCCAUAUUGAAUCGUGGAACGAUUUACAUAAAUCUUCUAAGGAAGAAGAGGACGAUGACACAACUGCAAAAGAUGGGUCGGAAAAUCGGUCGAAGAAUGGCGAGGAGGAGUCGCUUGCCUUCGUCAAAGGUGUUACCAAGAACGAUUGCAAAGAGAUUGGUUGAGAAAAGAACUAAAGUUUUGAGGAGUUUAAUUCCGGGAGGAGAGUUUAUGGAGGAUGAAGUUUUGUUGAUUGAAGAAGCCCUAGAUUAUAUACCGUUUCUUCAAGCUCAGGUUGAUGGAAUGCGAUUUCUUGCUAAUUAUUAUUGCAAAUGA